UGUCAUGUAUGCUGAGACAUUACAUCUGCAUGUGUCUCUCAUGUGCUGUGUGUUAUGCAACAAUGCACAUACAGCUGGCUGUGUGUCCGGGCCUGUCAAGCUGCCUAGCGCAUGUAACGUACUUUAUGGCAGUCAGAUCAUGAAUGAUAUAUACAUGGUGUGAACGUGAGUACAAGUGCUAGUGAUGUCUAUUGAACAGAAGCAAUCAAAAGGGGAGGCGUCUGGGUCCAAACACGAGUUGAGCAGGAGCUCUUCAGUGGUCGUUUUCUCUCAAAGAGAACUAGCAGACAUGGAGAGGAGAGUGUCUCUGGCUAGUCAGGCUCCUACUUGCCCUCCUGUGACCAACUCUCCUGUGUGCAUUGCUCUGGUGGGGCUACCAGCCAGAGGAAAGACAUAUAUUGCCCGAAAAGUGGAGAGAUUCCUUCGAUGGAUUGGUCUCACAACAAAAGUAUUCAAUGUUGGAGAGUACAGAAGAGGUGCUGUUGGUGCAAAUAAGACACACGACUUCUUUCAUCCUGAAAAUAAAGAGGCACAGAAACAAAGAAAAGAAUGUGCCAUUCGUGCUCUGAAUGAUGUGGUUCAGUUCCUUAUGAGUGGGGGAGGACAGGCUGCAAUAUAUGAUGCUACCAAUACCACUAGGGAGAGAAGAGAACUGAUACUAAACCACCUCAAACCCCAUUGCAUCAAGGUUUUCUUUGUGGAGUCCAUAUGUGAUGACCCGGAGAUUAUUGAGCAAAAUGUCAUGACUGUAAAAGUUGGUAGCCCUGACUACAAAGGACAGGAUCCUGAAGAGGCUGCAAAAGACUUCAUGUUGAGGAUAAAAAACUAUGAGCUUGCAUACAAAACACUGGACGUUAAAGAAGACAAGAAUCUUAGUUGGCUCAAGAUUUUCAAUGUUGAUCAGCGAUAUGAAGCAAACAGAAUUGAUGGUCAUUUGCAGGCAAGACUUGUCUAUUACAUUAUGAACAUUCAUACUCAACCUCGCUGUAUCUAUCUGUGCAGACAUGGAGAAAGUGUGUGCAACCUCUUUGGCCGCAUUGGAGGAGAUGCUGAUCUGUCUGAGAGAGGUUUGAAGUUUGCAGAAGCUCUGAGAGGGUUCAUGGAUGAGCAAGAAAUGCAUGGUUUCAAGAUAUGGACCAGUCAGUUGAAACGAACUGUUCAGACGGCUCAGUUCCUUGCUGGAACAGUUGAACAGUGGAGAUCACUCAAUGAGUUGGAUGUUGGUGAUUGUGAAGCAAUGACAUAUGAAGAAAUUCAGGAGAAAUAUCCCCGUGAAUUUGCGCUGAGGGAUCAGGACAAGUUCAACUAUCGAUACCCCAGAGGCGAAUCGUACACUGACGUUGUACAUCGUCUGGAGCCUGUGAUCAUGGAACUUGAAAGGCAGAAGGAUGUGCUGGUGAUAUGCCAUCAGGCGGUUAUGCGGUGUAUUCUGGCCUACUUCAUGGACAAGUCCACAGAAGAGCUCCCAUACCUCCAGGUCCCACUUCACUCUGUGUACAAGCUGACUCCCAUGGCUUACGGUUGUAAGCAAGAAGUGUUCUCUCUUCCAGUGCCUUGUGUGGACACAUUUAGAAAGAAACCCAAGGCAGUGCAUCUAGAUCGAUCUAACUCCGGAGCGCUCAAUACAGUGCCUGAACAUCUUUGACUUGAUUGCGAACCCAUAAUUCAGAUGCCAUACACAGUCUGUAAUGAACACUCACCUUAGUUUGUAGUGAUAUUUUUACCACGCUCUGAAAAAAGUGUACCGAAUUUUCCCCGUUUUGUCCAUGAAUUAUUUCCUUAAUUUUGAAUAAGUAUAGUAUUAAUUUUUUGUCCAUGAAUAGUAUUAAAUUUUUUGUCCAUGAAUUAUUAUUUCCUGCUCCCAG